AUGUCCAUUGAGACGGAAGGAUGUGAACUGGGAUUUUCAAAGCCUGUUUUUGAAUGCAACACUAUGUGCCAGUGUGGAGAGAUGUGUCAAAAUAGAGUCGUUCAACGGGGCUUACAGUUCCAACUUGAAGUAUUCAAGACCACUGAAAAAGGGUGGGGUCUUCGUACCCUGGAAUUCAUACCCAAAGGACGAUUUGUGUGUGAAUAUGCUGGGGAAAUUCUAGACAUUCAGGAAGCACGUAAAAGGAUUCAGUUGCAGACAUCAUGUGAUUCAAAUUACAUUAUAGCAGUUAAGGAACACUUGUAUGAUGGGACGACCAUAGAGACUUUUGUAGACCCCACAUAUAUUGGCAAUGUUGGUAGAUUCCUGAACCACUCCUGUGAGCCCAAUCUCUUUAUGGUGCCUAUCCGAAUAGACUCAAUGGUGCCUAAGUUAGCACUUUUUGCUGACCGUGAUAUCUGUGCAGAUGAAGAGCUCACAUACGAUUAUUCUGGAAAAUAUCAUAAUUUUCUGCCCAUAGAAGAGCAAAGCAGCAAGCAAGAAGGGAAAGAAUCAAAGAAACCUUGCUUUUGUAGAACUAAAUCAUGUGCAGGUUUCUUGCCUUACGACAGUUCUUUAUUCCAGAAAGAUGCUAAGAGAAAGUAAUCCUGAAGAAAAAGUCUGCAAAUUGAAGAGAGCAGCUGUGUGCUUCUUUUAAAGCUUCUUGUAGGAAUGUCCAGAGGUGAUAAAAUUAGCCUUACAUACACACAUGCCUACGCUUAAAACGCAGCGAUGCUUAGUAAAGUGGCUGAAUGUAUUUAAUUAUGCACAGAUGAAGUGUCUUUCCAUUCAGAACAUCAGUUGUAACACGAAAUAUGUCAGGGUCAGAGAAGUUGUAAAUACUGUAUCAAACAGAUUGAAAUCUUGCCCUGAAGAAGGUCCAAGAAAUGAUAAUGGAAUAUCAAAAGAUAUUACAAUGGGACAAGGGUGAGCUGCCUUUUUCCUUUCAAGCCAUAUUCAUUGCCUUGUGGUGAGUCGUGAUCAUUAAAUCGACCUGUACCAAUUCUUCCAUGUUGCUGUCCUGGGAUACUGCUAAGGAGGAUCCAUCCUCAUGUGUUCUUUUUCUCAGUAGGAUAAUGUUCCCAGUCUUCACCAAAUAAUUUCAGGACGAGGCAAUAUCGUACUAGGGAGAGAGGCUACAUUUGUGCCUUUUUGUCCCUCAAUAAAAUUCCACAAUACAGAGAGGGAAGGAUGUGGGCAGGGGGAAGGAGAGCCAAUAUGCACUUUCUAGUUGCCCAUUUCUUUUCUUGAUAUUUACGGUUAUGCACAAGCAUUGUUAAUUAAUAAAAGUUAUUGGCUGUAUGUGGUUCCUUUUUAUGUG